CAACAACAACGCGUGAGCUGGUCGAGCUUCGCCAACCCCUACAGGCUGCGCGCACAGGCUUCAUGCUUGUGGGUGGGGGACAUUCCGGCAAGACGACCACUCUCCACUCCCUAAUGGGUGACGACUUCAGGGAGGACAAAGCUCGCGUCAUUGGCACCGACAAGCUGGAUCGUUCUGUCGUCGUGACAUCCAUGGACAUCUGCAACUGGCAGCCCCUGACGCACGACAUCAGUGAAUUCGUGCGCACGCUGUCGUACACGGCCCUGCAGAGGACGAUUGACCAGCAGCAACAGCUCAAGGAACAGGUGCAACCUGCAGAAGGCCAUGGCAUGCAAGACGACAAGCCCCGCCCCUCCUUCUCCUUGUCGCUCAAGCAUGAGCGGUCUCAUCACACAUCUACGACACAAGCCAGCAGGUGUUGCCCCACUGCCUCCACCGAGGAGAUUGAGAAGGCAAUCAAGGGCAUGAACAUUUAUCUGCCCAUCGAGGCAAGCAAGCCUGGGGUCACCUUCAAAGUGUUUGACCUGGGAGGCCAGUCCACCUUCCACAUCUUCUACCCGUUCUUCUUCACCAAGUACGCGGUGUACCUGCUGGUGUUUUCCAUGGAGGACCUGCUGCACCAAGACGAGAGCAAGCGAGCAGAGGCGUGGGAGUUUAUGGAGCACUGGUUGUCUUCCCUCCACCUUCACGCGAAGGGCGCACCCAUCCUCAUCGUCGGCACCUUCGCUGACAAGAUCAACGAGCGGAAGCAGCACGAGGGCAUCUCACGUGACAUUUACAGUCGCCUGCGCCACAAUCCCGCUUUCCCUGGCGUCAUCCACAAUGACAAGCACGGGCUGUGGUUCUGGCCCGUUGACAACACCAAGUCCAUCCGUGACCCCAUGAUCCAGGACCUGCGCCAGACCAUCUCCUCCACAGCACUGGCGCAGGAGUACGUGAGCCAGGAGGUGGCUGUGCCGUACCUCCACCUCUACGACAAGCUCAACGCCAUUGCCCGCGACGAGAAGCGGCCGCUGCUCACGUUUGAUGAGGUGGUGCAGAUUGCACGCACAUGUGGGCUGCCCACAUGCGAGGAGACGAGAGCCUGCCUCCAGUUCCUGCACCUGUACUCCAUGGUGCUGUACUACGACCACGUGCCAGGCAUGGAAGACUAUGUGAUCCUGAGUCCACAGUGGGCGGUGGACACAAUGACGCGCGUCAUCCGCAACUUCGACCUGCACCGCGAUGUGCGGGAUGGCGAGGCGAGGGCCGUUGGCGCGCAGGUGUGGGACGACCUCGUUGACCGCGGCAUCCUGCACCGUCGCCUGCUUGAUGUUCUAUGGAAGGAGUUGGGAGGUGACAUGAUUGAGCCUUUCAUUUGCCUCAUGAAACAUUACGGCCUGUGCAUGGAGUACACAACACCAACGGUGCAACUACCCAGUCAUCAACAGCAACAUCAACACCACCAACAGUACCUGGUUCCUGCCGUUCUGCCAAUGACGAUUCGCCACAACACCAGCACGGUGGCGUCCGUGUCACUGAGCACGACGGCAGCACAGCAGGUCAACCCAUAUGUUGGUUAUGAGGAGAAGACGGCGUUUAUCGCCUUCAGCCUGAAACCAUUCAAGCGAAGUGCGAGCGUGCGAGUUGAAGAUGCGCAGCAAGCGUCAUUCCUGCCAGAGGCUUUGUUCACCGUUGUACUGGCCCAUGUGAUGGCGCAUGCACAGCACGGUGCAUCGCAGGCGCCCAAGCUGAGUCGCACCCAUGCCAUCUGCUUCAUGGAGUCGACCAAGCUGGAGCUGCAGCUAGUGCCGGCUGUUGGCGGCAUCAAGAUGAAGAUCACGAGUGCACAGCCGCGCGCCAUGCUGCACAUGCUGCACACCAUGAUCAGCGAGGCCGCCAGAGAGCGCUACCCGGAGCUAAAGAGCAGCCUGUUGGUGCCAUUCGACGCCAAGACGCUGCUGUUCUUCGAGGAUGUGCUGCACCACCACAAGAGCAAGCAGGACAUGUGGGUGCACGAACAGCUCCUGUCACCCGAUGACCUGAUCACCAAGUAUGACCCUCUCCUGCCCGUUCUCGGCCUGCAGGACAAGUACGACGUCUUCAUCAGCUACAGGCUCGAAGAGGUCUUCGCUCUCUUGUCAGCAAUCGCCAACUUGCAAGGCGCACAGAAUCGGCUCAAAGUGCGCGCAGAUGCGUGCGACAUACUUCCGACGCCAUUGCUGCGACGCACGACCCUGAACGCGUUGGCCCAAAGCACCGUCGUUUGUCCCGUCAUAUCUGUCUCAUCGAUCGAACAGAUUGUGAAGGACUGUCAUGACGGCAAACCGAGUGAGCUCCUGCUCGAGUGGACAGCUAUUCUUAGUAUGAAGGAUCUCGUCCGCGGCGACGACAGCGCAGCUGCGCAGAAGCUACGCCUGCGAACCGUCAUUCCAAUUAUCGUGGCAGCCCCAUCUCACCGGAGCGAUGAUGCCGCCGUGCCAGCCUCACAUGAAAUCGUGGUUGUGAUGCAGCGGGCCGCAGCGCAGUUGCCGGACACUUCUCAUGACCCAACAAUGACCACGCUUACUUCGGAAUGGAAUGUGGGCGUUCAGCUGCCAUCGAACCUGCCGACACCGCACGUGGUCGUUACAGAGUUGAUGGGGAGGGCCGAGGCUGCCGCUGUACCGGUGCUUCAGUCACAACAUGACGACUUCGCCACCAACAUCGAACGAUACCUUCUCAUUAUCAUGGACUCUGUACAGGAGCACGGACAAUCUGAGUGCGACAUUGAUGCACCCGUGGACAUGACGAUUCAGGACCUCAUUCGUGGCCUCACAGACACAGUACCUGAAGAUGACCCGCUUGGCCUGCCUUUCUUCCAUGCGGACAGCCGCCUUAAAUGUUUGCUGGAGUGCGCUGAACGUAGCCUGGGUCCAGACAAGGAAGUGUGCACACGGAUUCGUCAACGGCAACAGAUCCUGGCACAACUGGAUGGACAAGCAGGCUCAUCUUCGGCCGAGGACCAGUCUGCUCAUGGCUUGCCUGGUUUUGUUCCGAGAGUUCCAUUGCUGUCCUGCUUCCUGCUUCUUGCGCUGUUCUUUGUCUUUGGUUACGGCGAACUGUGGGACCUAUCACCUGGUGACAUUGUCAAGCUGGCAUCGGCUUGUGGUUUCAGGGGCAGAAAUCUUUCUGGACCAGAUCUUAUCUACAAGCUUGAGUCCCAUGUGCCCGAGAAUGAGUCAUAUCCGUACCUCAGUCCCAAAAGCACCAUGCAAACUCUUCUGGAGAUUGCUCAGGAUUCGUUGGGUGUGGAAGGCGCUGAGCCCCGGCUUUGUCUUCUUUUGAUUCGGUGGCAGGAGGUGUCUGGCCUUCGACCACAACCCCGUGCUGAACCUGAAGUCGUUGUCAAUCCCCCACGCCUUGAGCCACGGCAACCCGCAGCACACCAACCUCCUCAGGCAGCAUCGGCGGAGGUUCCACCACAGCCCCAAAGACAAGUUGUGGAACAAGCCGAGGAAGACACCAGCCAGACCAGUCCUCUGCACACCGCUCCACCACAGCAGUUGUUGGAGUUUAUCGAGAACGAAAUUGUCAACCUCGAAUCACAAGACAGGGCGAAGCUUGCCAAUGAAUGCAGACUGGACAGCACCUUGAAACCAGCGGAGCUGGUGCACAAGCUGAAAACAACACGAAUUGGACGAUAUCCAAUCCUCAGCGGUGAUGGCGACAUGGAUCCACUUUUGGCAGCUGUGGAACGCGCCCUGCCCCGAGAUCACUUGCUGGAGAAGCUGAUUCAGCUGUGGCAAGUUGCUGCAGACAAGAAACCUGGCGAUCGAGACGAACUGGCAACUGCGCUGCUAACACAAUUCUGUCCCUUCCAAGUGCCUGCUGAAACAGCUCCACCGGUUGUGAUCGUUUGUGCCAAGCCAUACGAGUUUGAAGCCAUGAACCGCGCACUUGCUCGUUUGGCGGACGUUCGCCGGCACCCGUCUUCAAUUGGCCAUAACUUUGAGAGUGGUUACCGCGGCGAGGAGCGUCUGCCAUUCAAUCGCUACGAUUUCAUCAUGAGGAAGCGCGGGAAAUCGAUUCCCAUCACUGUGUCGCGGUUCACUGCAAAGCUGCAAGGUCCAGUUGAGUGCGGCAUCCAUGCAGGCCAGGUCAUCACCACGCUCAAGCCGUCGCACAUGGGCAUGAUUGGCGUCUGUGGCGGUCAUCGCCUCGGAGACAUCAUCAUCGCCACCGAAGCCAAGGACGCUCGUGCCGGGCGCAUGGUCAUCUCCGCGGACGACGCUCUUGAAAGCGUGGACCCCGUCGCCUACGACCCAGACUUUCAGGGCUACUUGCAGCGAUAUGUGUUCAAGCGAGCCAAGCGCCAUGAAGUCACGUCCACCUGGACCGGGUCGGGUGUGGUGGCUGACCACCUGGCGAACACAUUCCAUCCAACCUCGAGUGCCAACGUACACAAAGAGUCAGUGCUUCACACAUACCCUCAGGUGCGUGAGGACUGCGCGGGACUUGUUCAACUGGACGAAGGCUUGGACAUGGAGGCAUUCCCGUUCUUCAAGGCCAUUCAUAUGGCAAACGACUCCAAAGCGUACGACAUUACCGCGCUUCCGGUGAUGAAGGCGGUGAGCGACACCAGUGUGCUAGCCCUUGGUGAAGGCAGUGACGCAGCUUUGCAAGAGAGGCAGGACACCAACGACUCUGUGUUCUGCCAGGCGCUUGGUUUGGAUCUCGCAGAGUUCAAGAGGCAAAAGCAAACGGCCCAGCAAGACCCCAAGCUGCACGAGAAGCGUCGCAGGCGCUUCCGAACCAUUGCCGCCGCUAAGGCCGCCGCCGUCAUGGCCGAUUUCCUCGACCAGGCCCCAUUCCUUCGGAAGUGA